GCUAAUGAAAAAUGAGGAUAAGGCUACAAUAAUCAAUACCUUGACUGGUAUGCCGGGUGAUUUAGAAGCAAAUGAUGUGUCUGAUUUUUGUUCAUUAGCCCAUUACUAUUCUUUAAAAACACCGCAAUCAUUCCGUGAAGAUGUCUUAGAGGUAUUGUUUUCAGAAAGUGGAUUAGAGAUUAAUUCAAAACUUUAUUCUCAAGCUCUUUGUCUACCAGUGGCUGUGCAUGAACUUAUAGAAAGUGCAACAGUAGAUGCUGCAGAUGUGGAUAGUGUGAAAUUCUUUUUGGUGGAUUGUAGGCCAGCUGAGCAAUAUAAUGCAGGACAUUUAUCUACAGCUUUUCAUCUUGAUUGUAAUUUGAUGUUGCAAGAACCAAAUGCUUUUAAUACUGCUGUACAGGGUUUAUUAAAUGCACAGCGCCAGGCGCUAGCAGCUGGCUCUCUUGCUGCUGGUGAACACUUGUGCUUUGUUGGUUCUGGACGAACUGAAGAAGACAGUUAUGCUCACAUGGUUGUUGCUUCAUUUUUGAAGAAGAAUACAAAACAUGUCUCUAUGUUAGAUGGUGGAUUUGUAGCUAUACAUGAUUACUUUGGCCCUCAUAUGACUGAUUGUUUAGAGGAUCACAAUGUUUCUACAUGUUUGGUGUGUGCCCCUAAUAAUAAUAAUUUUAGUAGUGAAAGCCAUAAAGCAAAAGUACAUGAUAAUAUACCUGCUAUACAGCUUUUUAGUAAAUUAUCAACAGCAAUGAAGGUAAAAAGUCAAGAAGUUAAAGGAAAAUUAAUUGAAUACAUUGUUAAUCCUAACGCAACAGUCAACAGUGGGGAAUGGCAUGUAUCUGCAAAUGACAGGAAGGAGCAUAGAUAUAGAAAUGUACCACCUGUGUUCAGCAUUAAUGAUGAAGAUGAUGAUUCAUAUUCUGAUUCACGAAGGGAUAUUAUGAGCUCUGAAUCUUUAGAAGAGAUUGUUGAAUUACAGACAUUCAUUAAACGACAAAAUGUUGUUGAUCAUUUUCAAUGUCAAGAGGUUUUACUCAAUGGUUAUAUGUACGAUUCUUAUUUAGUUGUCACUGACACACAUUUAAUAAUUUUACGCGAAAUCUCUAGCAAGCGUGGCUAUGCCAAAAUAUUGUCAAGGAGACCACUUUCCACAAUUGUUAAGAUUACUGCGAAAAAGAGACAUCCUGAGUUAAUAACUUUUAAGUAUGGUAUACCUGAUGGUGACAAUCUUUUAAUAAAAGAUAUGGAUCGUUUCCUUAUACCUAAUGCUUCAGUGGCAACUAAAGUUGUGUCUAAUCAGAUUGUGGUGCAAUUGGACAACAAAGUUCAAUAAUUUAACAAUUUGUCUUUAAUGUUAUAAGUAACUUUUUAUGCAGAGUCAUUUGCGUGUACCUUGAAGUAAUUUGUUAAGAUAAUUUGAAAGUCGCAGACCAAUAACUGUUUAUUAAAAAUAAAGAGUAUUAGUUAUUGCAAUUUAUUUAUUUAAAUUAGAUUAUGAAGAUGUUGCUUUAACCAUAAUAUUAUUUUGGAUCAAUAUAAUAUAAUAAAAUUGAAGUUAUUUGAAACAAGAGUAGUGUUCCAUCCCUGCCAGCACCACUGAUUCCCAAUUUCCAGUGGUUUAAGUACCACAUACUUUUUAGUACUGAAAGAAAGUAUCCAGAGUAAAUUGGUAUUGCAAUUACUAUUUGGAAAACCUAAGCGCUUCGAUUUGUACUAAAAGUAAAACAUCACAGUGGACCUUUUCUACUCCAUUACCCACAGGAAUGAGGUCUGUGCUCAGUGAUAAGAUGUAUCUAGGCUGACCUUAUAUGAUACAUUACUUCUAAAAUGCGAAAUAAGCAUAAACAUUUGUUGAUAUUAAGGAAAUAAAAUGUUUUUCAGCUACCAUAUUAAAUUAAAUGUGCUUUGUAUAGAGUAAAAUCUUGUAUAAUUACUUUUGUAUAUAGUAAUAAAGUACACAAACUGCCAAAAGCGAUUAUUAUUUUAUUUAUUAUGAUUAAUUUAUUUAUGGCCAUGCCCUUAGUAUGUUGAACAUUUCAGAUAAGAGUUACUUAUUAUGUCAUACUAGAGUAGACUACUUAUACAGUUAUAUAAACUUAGGGCUAUAAGACAAAUGAUCAGUUAUUCUAAGAUUGUAGUGAUUCACGCAAUUCAAACAGCAAAAUGUGAAAAGGAAUUACAAUAUGACUAUGGUUUAUAUUGUUUUGUUUGUUUCUCAUUGAAAUCAAUCUAUCAAUUCAUCAUUCAAAAUAAAAAAAAUAGUUAAACUAGAAAUUAACGGCCGUAAAAUCGUAGUUAUACACCACAUAUUAUGUAUUAAUUCUGUCUAUACCUGUGUCUUUCUAUUGCUAGUAAAACGACAGAGCAACUUUGUAUUAUAUAUUACACUAGCUAUGCCUCGCGGUUUCACCCGCGUCAUCAUGUGUCGGAGGUGAGCGACAUGACCUAGUUCAAGCAUUUUAUAAUUGCAAUUAAAUAUUUUAUUUGAUAGCAAUGUAUGGAAAAAUUUGCAUUGGCAAUAAUUAAUGGAGUACUUUUAUCUGUCGGCAUAUUAUGUAUGAUGUAGAGCGAAGUUAAGUUUUAUCUACCACACACACACUACCACUUUCCUUCCCCCCUCCCCCCACGUCCCAGGAAGUGUCCCGAAGCGCGAUUUUUCCAGUUUUAAAGAAAACCGUACACGAUACAUGAAAAGUGUGUAGGCAUGAAAUGAUUCUUGAGCUAUCAAACUCUUAUACUUAUUAAUCAAUAAAAUUUUCAAAAUACCAUAGUAACGUGAAAUGAAAGAGUUCAGAAAUAAAGAUGUAACUAAUCAUUGUCAUAAAAGUACUCAAUUAAUUUUUAAUUUAUUUUAGCUAUAAUGAUUGAACUAACCUUGCUCAUAGAAGCUUUCAAUACUGGCUUCUCGUAGUUCUCACCGAGCGGCUAGGGUUUAUGUGUCGUUCACGCGCACAGCCAAGUAUUGAAUUAUUUUAAUUUUACAUUAUUUCUUAAACUAUGCGUCCAAAUAACAUGGUAUAAAGAACAAAGUUUAUCUUCAUAAAAUUGUCUUGAUAAUGAAGUAACUUUCGUUCGUAAGGAUAAAUAGGCCAUGCCUAAUAAUAACGCUCAUAAAUCACUUUUAAAUUUUCAAUAUUUUUUUGUCACAAAAUACCUAAUUAUGGCUUAUGUAUAAGAAAUAGACAUAUGGUAUCGCGGUCUUUUUUUUAGAUGGAGUAAAGAUAUAUAUUUUUCUAGAACAUUGUAUUUACGUAUCCCUAACGAUAACACUAGCGUACGCGGACAUAUCAUUUCGGGAGUGCUUUUUCUUCUGACUUGCUUAACAAAUAUCCACAUUUAAGGCUAGCUGAGUGGUAUAGCUUAAUUCUAGAUAGCCUAUACUAUUCCACAUGAAUCUAGCUAUAAUAUACAAAAAUAAUUUUUCAAAUCGGACUGGUAGUUCCAGAGAUUAGCGCGUUUAAAAAAACAAAAAACUCUUCCGCUUUAUUAUAUUAGUAUAGAUUGAAGUCAAUUUUAUGCGUAAGGCCGUAAAUGUUUUAAUAAUUGUAAUUUAUAUUUUGUUGAUCACUAUCAGUUUUUCGGAAGUAGAUAGAACUCAGUUUAAGAAGCUAAUUAUUUAUUCACUUUUGGCACAAACUUUAUAAGUCAAGAGUAUUUAUAAGCAAGCUAGUUUCCUUAUAAAUACUCUAAGGUAAUAUCAGUCUCAGUUUUGAGUUAAAUUUUGUUUGAUACUAUUAUUGUAAUAAGUUAAUUAGAGAGAGUUCACUGCCUUAUAUGUGAAUAUUAAACUUGUUUUAAAAGCUUUAUGAUAAAAAUUGUAAGCUGUAAAUACUUAUAGGUAAGUUAUAUACUAAUUUCAGAUAUACAUAUAAUAGAGUACCUAAUAGAGGCUUUUAAUUUUCUUUCAUAAACGUGAUAUUGUUAUUGAGUUAUUAUCCAUUAAUAUGUUUUAUACUUCGUACUAAUAAAAACCAUUGGUACUACAUUAAAUUCUAUUUUUUGGCAAUGCCAUCAACGUAAACUUAAGCUUUUUGUGUUAUAAAUAGUGACUUUCUGUGGACGAAAUAUUUGAUUUGUGGAAUGCAGUUUUUGUGAUAGUAUGCAUAUUUUUUUAAUAAAAUAUAGUUUUAGUUGCAAUUGUAGGUAGUUGUUAGCUAUUUCCUAUUAUUUUAUUGUAAUAUUUAUUUUAUUCCAAUAAAUUAAUGCGGUA